AUGGCAAUGGUAGUUAGCAGCUGGCGAGAUCCGCAGGAAGACGUGGCCGGGGGCACUCCGAGCGGCCCCAACCCCGCCGCGACGCAGCCGGCCCGGGAGCAGCAGCCCCAGCAGCAGGGGAGUUCGGCCACCCCACACACCCCGCAGACCCCCAGCCAGCCGGGACCCCCCUCCACGCCGGGAACGGCCGGAGACAAGGGAGCGGGCCAGCAGGGCUCGGGGCAGAGCCAGCAGCACAUCGAAUGUGUGGUGUGCGGAGACAAGUCCAGCGGCAAGCACUACGGCCAGUUCACCUGCGAGGGCUGCAAAAGUUUCUUCAAGAGGAGCGUCCGCAGGAACUUAACUUACACAUGCCGCGCCAACAGGAACUGUCCCAUCGACCAGCACCACCGCAACCAGUGCCAGUACUGCCGCCUCAAGAAGUGCCUCAAAGUGGGCAUGAGGCGGGAAGCGGUUCAGCGAGGAAGAAUGCCGCCCACCCAGCAACCCGGCCAGUACGCGCUGACCAACGGCGACCCCCUGAACGGGCACUGCUAUCUCUCGGGAUACAUCUCCCUCCUGCUGCGGGCCGAGCCCUACCCCACCUCCCGCUACGGCAGCCAGUGCAUGCAGCCCAACAACAUCAUGGGCAUCGAGAACAUCUGCGAGCUGGCCGCCCGUCUGCUCUUCAGCGCCGUCGAGUGGGCCCGCAAUAUUCCCUUCUUCCCCGACCUGCAGAUCACCGACCAGGUGGCCUUGCUGCGGCUCACCUGGAGCGAGCUCUUCGUCCUCAAUGCUGCCCAGUGCUCCAUGCCCCUCCAUGUGGCCCCGCUCCUGGCCGCCGCCGGCCUCCACGCCUCCCCCAUGUCGGCAGACCGCGUUGUCGCCUUCAUGGACCACAUCCGCAUCUUCCAGGAACAGGUGGAGAAGCUGAAGGCGCUGCACGUCGAUUCGGCUGAAUACAGCUGUCUGAAAGCCAUCGUCCUCUUCACCUCAGACGCCUGCGGCCUAUCGGAUGCUGCGCACAUCGAGAGCCUCCAGGAGAAAUCGCAGUGCGCGCUAGAGGAGUACGUGCGGAGCCAGUACCCCAACCAGCCGAGCCGCUUCGAGCUGCUGCUGCGGCUGCCCUCCCUGCGCACCGUCUCCUCCUCCGUCAUCGAGCAGCUCUUCUUCGUCCGCUUGGUAGGUAAAACCCCCAUCGAAACCCUCAUCAGGGAUAUGCUACUGUCGGGGAGCAGCUUCAACUGGCCUUACAUGUCCAUCCAGUGCUCCUAG